UGCUUCCGGACCGGGCGGGGAGAGAGCAAGGGGAGGUUCCGCUUCUUCCAGAGCAGAUGCUGGCGGAGGGGCUUCCGCUGCAACCGGGGGAAAGAUGAAUUAUAUGCCAGGCACCGCGAGCCUCAUCCAGGAUAUAGAUAAGAAACACUUGGUCCUCCUCCGAGACGGCAGGACACUGAUAGGAUAUUUACGAAGCAUUGAUCAGUUUGCCAACUUGGUGUUGCACCAGACAGUGGAGCGCAUUCACGUGGGUAAAAAAUAUGGCGACAUCCCCCGUGGCAUCUUCGUUGUGAGAGGCGAGAACGUGGUUCUUCUGGGAGAAAUUGACCUGGAGAAGGAAAGUGACACACCGUUGCAGCAAGUGUCGAUUGAGGAGAUCCUAGAGGUACAGCGGGUAGAGCAGCAAGCAAAGCAGGAAUCGGAGAAGCGAAAAGUGCAGGCCCUGAAGGAGCGGGGGCUCUCCAUUCCCCGGGCCGAUACGCUCGAUGAAUACUAGACAGUCUGUUUGGACAAGCGGCAGCAUCUGCACAGCCUUUGAACUGAAGGGGUUUUGUGCUGAUACCUUCUUAUGACCCAGAACUGGUGUCUUCUUUUUGUUUUAUAUUCUUCUUUUGGGGGGAAUGGUGCACAAGACACAAUCUAAUUGUGGGUUUUGGCUUUCAUUUUGCAAAAUCACUGUUCCCAACUACCUGGGUGCUGCCUGAUGUCUCCUAUAACCCAACGUUGAUGGAGCAGCUUGGGACAAAACUUCUUUUUAAGUUGACUUUCUUUAACUGUGACUCUGGAGGAGCUGGAAUGAUACCUCCUGAUGUGUAAAUAAAAAGAACUGGCAGUUUGAAUGCCAGUGUAGCUGAGGCUGGAA